AGUAGUUACAAAAGACGUAUGAACGCUUUGAUGAAGGAUAGUAACGAAACAUCGCACAUGCCGCAUCUCGCUCUUUAUCUCUCUCAAUGUAAGCCACGCAACCUCUGAAUCAUCGAAAUCGGCGGGAAUUAAUCAGGACGUACGUGUUGUACAUUGGCCACAGGUAUAAUAUGCUUACUGUCGGGUAUUACUCUACUUGGACUAGACGGAUAGCCUAUAUAGACGGAAGAGUGGAUAACAAGACUGCGAAUUUCUGUUUGGCUGUUGUUACGCAGAUUCACACCUUGUAACAGCAGGCAGGUAUGACAGUGGAAUGAAGACGGAUGGUCUUACUUAAAUAUACCGUAAGCAGUCAUUUACUUUGCUACCACAACAAGCCGGAACUCUCAUACUGAUCUUAAAUUAACAGCGCGUAUGACAGCCAUAGGCAUACUACUCUCAUGGAAUGAAAUUUCCACGUCUGUGGGACGUGGCACUUCGGCGCAUUGUGGUCUUACUGAUGCUCUUUGUGUUAAUCAACGACGGAGACAGCGUUGACGAACCAGACAUUUCAACAUCAGAUUAUGGUAUCACGAUUGCUGUUUCAAUCCACGAAAACAUAGAGGUAGUUACUCAAACCACGGACAAAACGUACAUGUUCGCCGCCGAACCUACUACGCUGACGCAUGCGCAUGGCUUGUUGUCGUCUGAUGACGAGCGCUUAUUCGAAAGUACGGAUGGUGUACUCUCCACGCCUUCACUCGACGGCUUCUACACCUUAACAGAUGCAGAAACUAGCGGUACUUUGACUUUGAAAACAGAAUUGUCGCCAACCAUAGUAUCGACAGCUGUGUUGCUAACCGACCAAUAUUCGACGAUUACUCAAAAUAAUGAGUUGGUAAUAACAACAAUGCACACAAUGGCAAGUAUAAGUGCGACUGCUUCGCCCGUCCUACCUCAGGUGGUGUCAAUGCUUGGAUUCAGCUUAACAACUGAAUUUGAAUCGAUAAUAACACACACGCACACUGACUCUCAGAAUUUCAUAGAAAAUCAUAAUUCAGGGUCGUCUGACACGCACGCAACCCCAACUCAGAUGAUGAUGUCAUCUGUCGUGCAGACGAUGUCGUCUUUCGCGCUUGAUGAAUUUUCUAGUCAUAUAUCUUCGCAACCUUUACCUUCACACAUUCCAAGGAUACCUGGGCCUAAAAAUGAGUCGAACUUGGCGACAGAUAGGCUGGAAGGGUCAAGUGACUUUAAUGAAUGGACAACGGCACCGAUAAAUGGCACCAUGUCAGAUACGGACACAACUCAAGAUGAAUCCAAAACUAACCAAAUAUUGAUUGUAUCACUGUCGGUUAUAAUCGGCAUAUUUGGCCUGUCAGCACUCAUCCUAAGAAUAGGGAACAGGUGGAAAAAACGUGGGAUAGCAAUAGAGGAGAGACGACGGGAACGAAUCAAGGGAUCCAAUCAAACGACUAAAAAACGGCCUUCGAUAACUAAACCAGUCACAAUCCGUAUGCCGUCUAUUUUAAACAUCAAGACUACUGGCAAUCAAAGUGUACGUAGGUCAAAACCAAUUACACAAAAAGAGAACGAAGGAAAAUCUCCCGCCAACAACAAACCAAAGCGUAAUCGCACGCUCGAGGCUUUAAUCGAAAUUGGUGCGUUACCAAAGGAAGCUGCUUAUAGGAAUACAGACAAGGCAAAGGCUACUCCCCCUCGAAUCACGACUAUAGAGAGAGAACUUCUCUCCAACGUUUGCGUUGGAAAAUGUGCAAACGCGUUUGACAACCUCGCCUUAGAUUUUGACUCUCAGGAAGAGAUUCAUUUUAGAGGGCAUUUUGUACCUAUGAGGUGUGAAUUCAGGAUAGAUAAAGAAAGUGUUGACAUAAGACAAACAUUUUGCGCCACAGAUACAUUGUCCGACGAUAAAGAAUCGUCGGUACCGAGCUGCACCGAGUUGACGUUAGAGACUUCUGAAACAGAAAGUGGGUCAGAUUCGAAAGGGAAUCGACGUGAUAAACGCAGAAAAAUUGUCAAAUUCGACAGACGAUUGUCGAACGAUUCAGGGUUUCUUGAAAACAUCCGGCUGCAAGACAUCCGAUCGCCCUGCGUCAACUCUGAGACAAUCGAAGAGGAGUUGACGUCAAUGAUGACUGAAAGCGAUAUAGUCCAAAGCUAUUCAGAUGAUUCUCAAUCUGAUAAGCUAAACUUUCUGAAAACCUCUUGCAUGCGUGAACGCGCCCCUAGACGUGGAAGCAAGCGUCGUCGUUCACCGAAUUCUCCAAUCGUCCGGCCAAGUGAGGUUUCAGAUGCCGACCAAUCGUCUAGUGAAACCGGCGGAAAUGAAACGCCUUCUGACGAUCAGAAUUCUAAAACGCCUCUGACGUCGUCAAUCAGUGACACUUUCAAGUACGAAAAUGAUCAAAAUUAUUCAGUAGCUCACAGGUCCUAUAGCAGUUGUAACCAGAGACCAAAACCACAAGAUCACUGGGAAUGUUGCCAGAAAGCGCGUGACGCGACGACGCAAACAACUUACGCACCGGUAACCUUGUCUCCAAUGCGCUGGGUGUACGAAGACGAUGUGUUAGUAUUGCGUCCACGUUCAGAGUUUGAGCUUGAUUUCUUGGGACCCAUCUAUUUAGCUGAGUGUCUUCCUAACUUUGAUAACGAUGAUUGUAUAGCAUUUCAACGUAAAACAGAAAAUAUAGAUUUGUGACAGAAAUAAAUAUAGACAAUUAUGCCUGCCGCCGGCAGUGGCGCCGCUAUGGGAGGCAUGCCCCCCCCCCACUCCCGUCGGGGAGAAAAAAACACAAUUCGUCAAGGAGAAAACAAAGUUACGGAUUAUGUAUUUUCUACCAAAUAAGCCUGAAAGCCAUAAACUGUCAUAUUUUUUGGGGACAACUUUCAAUGGAUUUUGAGUGAUGCCCGACCACGCCCACUGCGUUGUCGUCUGGUGGGGAGGUGGGCGGCAAUUCGAUUGUGGAAUUAGAUGUGCUCAUUUUUCUAAUAUUUGUCAUUGCAUUCUAGAUUGUUUUUUAAACGGCAAAAAAUAUGAUUUCAGUUGCAGAGCAAAGUAUUUAAAAUAGAGAGUUAGGAAUUUUUCACAGACCCAUACCAAAAAAAAAUCAUGAUUAUGGCACCUCUAAAUGGCCGGAAAUGGCACACAAAGACUUAAAAUAUGAGUAUUAUUUUUCUUUUAUCUUUAGGUGGGAUCCGGGCCGACAGGGCCCCUUUAAUCCGCCACUGGAUGUAAUAUAUAUUUCUUACAGUCGAUCUGAGACACAUUAUUCUGUUAUGUAUCUACAAAGCCCGUUUGGGUAAGGGUAUUAGAUCGAGGACCCGAUGGGUAGGGCUACCUUCGGGGGCCCUAGGGGUCUGAGGCCCUGCGGACCGCCGCACGAGAGCACAGGCGUUACGCCACUGCAUCAGCCCCCCUCUCCAGACGGGGACCUGUCACCCCUCGUCGGGCAAAUCCUGGCACCACCCCUGCCUGCCGGUAGUAACUAACACGUUUAUGAGGUUGGCCCAGUCGGUCUGUGUCUCUAUGUCUGUCUAUUAUUUUACUUUCAUUUAUUAGGUGGUAACUUUCCCUUAACACGAUUUAUGUUCAUUGCAGUAGAGAAUCCCAUGUCAUUAAGGUUGAAAGUGACGGAAUAUUUAUAUCGUCAAUAAUUCUUUUGUCAUCUUAAAUAUGUUUUUCGUAUUGGUUGACUAAACUUAUAUACUGUACUUAAAUAUAAUAGACAAUAUUUUGGUAUUAUAAAACUGCUUACCUGUGACGCA